ACAAAUCAUUAUUUACAAUGACGGCCAACCAAAAGGCCCCCUGCGGGGGCUGGGAUAAAAAAAAUAACACACAUCACGAUAAGAGAGAAAACACUACAUAAAGAGAGACCUAAGACGACAACAUAGCAUGGCAGCAACACAUAAAAACAUGACAACAACAUGGUAGCAACACAAUAUGGCAGCAGCCCAACAUGGUAGCAGCACAAAAUAUGGUACAAACAUUAUUGGGCACAGACAACAGCACAAAGGGCAAGAAGGUAGAAACAACAAUACAUUACGCAAAGCAGCCACAACUGUCAGUAAAGUGCCCAUGAGUGAGUCUUUGAAUGAAGAGAUGGACAUAAAACGGUCCAGUUUGAGUGUUGCAGCGAACUGAAAAUAGGAGCGACCCAGGGAUGUGUGUGACUGGCAGAACGGAUGUUGUAUGUGGAGGAUGAGGGCUGCAGUAGAUAUCUCAGAUAGGGGGGAGUGAGGCCUAAGAGGGUUUUAUAAAGAAGCAUCAACCAGUGGGUCUUGUGAAGGGUACACAGAGAUGACCAGUUUACAGAGGAGUAUAGAGUGCAGUGAUGUGUCAUAUAAGGAGCAUUGGUGGCAAAUCUGAUGGCCGAAUGGUAAAGCCACUCGAGAGCAGCCUUACCUGCCGAUCUAUAAAUUAUGUCUCCGUAAUCUAGCAUGGGUAGGAUGGUCAUCUGAAUCAGGGUAAAUUUGGCAGCUGGGGUGAAAGAGGAGUGGUUACGAUAGAGGAAACCAAGUCUAGAUUUAACUUUAGCCUGCAGCUUUGAUAUGUGCUGAGAGAAGGACAGUGCAUCGUCUAGCCAUACUCUCAAGUACUUGUAUGAGGUGACUACCUCAAGCGCUCAACCCUCAGAGGUAGUAAUAACACCUGUCGGAGGAGGGGCAUUCUUCUUACCAAACCUGUUACUCAGGCCCAGAAGCCAGGAUAUGCAUAUAAUUGGUACCAUUGGAUAGAAAACACUUUGAACUUUGUGGAAAUGUUAAAAUAAUGUAUGAGACUAUAACACAUUUGAUAUGGUAGGAGAAAAUAAAUUUUUCUUUGGAGAGCUCAUGCUCUUCCAAUGGAACUUAUAAGGUCAUAUCCAAAUCCAGCUCCCAGAUUGCAAUUUCUAUGGCUUCCCCUAGAUGUCAACAGUCUUUGUUCAAGGUUUCAGACUUGUUUCUUCCCAAACGAGGAAGAAUUUUGAGUUUUAGUACUGGGAGUCAGAGUUGGAAAACAGUCUGUGCGUGCGCCAGGAAGAGGGCAUGCACCUGCUAAUUUUGCUUUUCUAUUCAACAUCUUUCCGUAUGAAAUAUUAUAGUUUACUUACAUUUUAGGGUACUUGAGGUUUCAAUAGAAACGUAUUUUGACUUGUUUAAACAAAGUUUAGCGGUAGCUUUUUGGAUUCCUUUCUCUGCAUGUUGAACGAGUGGAUUGGUGAAAGUUCCUUUUAACAUGAUACUUCAAUAUUCCAAGGACGUUCUCCAGCACCACCCUCUCUACCUGAGUGUGAGGAUGCUGUGUUAUAAUGACGGCCUGGGGUCUGGGAAGAACCUGCUGACUCUCAAGACCACCGACGCCAAGCAGCAGGAGUGUAGCAUCUGGGUGUACCAGUGGAGCAGCGCGGUGAAUGUCUGUGAACAAGGCCAGGCCAUCUGCAGGUGUUGUCCGCCUCGUCCGACUGUGUGCUGACAUCAGAGAAGUCCUGAAGAGCAGUUGCCCUCAGGGACGUGGUGGAGACGGGUAACACCAUGAACCAGUCGGGAGCCUGGAAACCAUAGUUUACAGCAGGGUCACAUCAGGGCCGUAGCACAGUCCGCAAGAUCCGAGCAAGGCUCCCGCCUAACCCCAGUCAUGGGGCAGAGAGAAAAAUGUGCAGUUGUAUAGCUAAUCUCAUGCUAUUUAACACAUUUUGCCAUGAGGCGGAGAGAAAAUGUUGCUGUUUUAGAGCUCAGGGAUUCUUGAAAGACGGGACAAUCUCAACUUUCUUAACAGCAUUUUAAAUAUAUAUUUUGAUAGACCAAAGUAUCAGCUAUCACACCAUGUAAAGGAACAACCUAUUAUUAUUAUUAUUUUUUUUUUUAAAUGACAUGUUUUCAUAAAAUGUCUACUCUGUCAGACACCAUACAUGGCAUUUCACUUACAAUUAUUAUCCAACAAGUGUUUAAAGGCCUUGGUUGUUUAAUUCUAACAUUUGAUUAUUCAAAUAUGUAAUACAAAUCUCCAAACUUCUUUUUGUUUUGUUUUAUAGCACUAUAUAAUGCUCCAGGGCUCAUUUAGUUAGCAUUUUGGCAUGUUUUUCUACAUUUAGGACAUUAACAUUUAUGAGGCCAACAUUAUCCAUUAGGUCUAGCACAGCAAUUACUUCAAUUGUUUAAGCAUAUGGUGCAGAACAGUGAUUAAAAUAUUUGUGUCAGAAUAUUGACAACAAAAAAUGUAUCAUAAGGGCGUUAGCCAUCAGUGACGGAGUUAACAAGCCACUGACAGACUUGACAACUGAUACUCAAAACAGACAUAUUUUUGCCUCUAAAAAUAAAAGUUAAAUACAAAACAUUUGUAAAAUCUGGAAAAUGAUUUGAAAAUCCCCAAAAGAAACAACAUUCCUGUCAUAUCUUUCAGAAAUCAGAUCAAGUUGAUGGUUUACGGAGUUCACAAAAUGUUUAUUUUUGUACUUCAUUCAAGUAGUAUACACAGUAGAAAUUUAGUUUCUCCUCAGUUACUUUAUAACUCUAAAACCUAAUUAAAUGUGACAUUUGAACCUAAAUGAAUAUCCUAUCGUAAUCUAUCAGGCAUAUGGAGCUGACAGUUCAUGGUUGUGACCAUGGUGAUUUCAAUAUUGUUUGUUUAAAUCUAUCAAAAGUCAACUUUACAGACCAUUAAUGGUCUUGUUGCACUACAUGUAAUGAGGACAUGAAUAAGGGGUGUCCUUAUGGUAUAGAUGACCCUGCUUAGGAGUUGACCAAAUUUCCAGACACAUCUUUUAGAGAAAUAUUCUUUAAAGCCACAUAGGGCUAGUGCAAGAAACUACAUAAGAUAAUUUUUCAUAAAAUUAUUGGCAGUUUUUUUUGUUGAGUUUGAAAUUGGGAUCCUUUGUUCCAGACCAGGGCAUUUUCAGGCAUAAAGCCUACAUGGAAAUGAAUCAUAUUGAAAGUAUUUAGAAAAUUCCAUAAACAAAUAUCUUCCUUAUAAAACUCCCCUAAAUGUGAAAGUUAAGCUCAAAUAACAAAACGUUUCCCUGCUGGACAAGGAUUGUCCUGACUUUCAAGAAUCCCUAAGCUAAUUUCCUGCUAUUUUGCCAUGAGGCUGAGGGAAAAUAUUGCAGUUUUAAAGCCAAUUUCUUGUAAUUCUUAAUGUUUUUGAAAUGGCAUGUGACAUGCUAUCUGGGGGCCCAACGCCCCCUUUGCGGGGGUUGCGUAAUACGCCAAUGGGUCACAUGACUUACCCAGCAUGCUCUGCAACACCUGUCAGUUGACCAUCAUGAGUAACUUCAUUUCACAGUACAGGGACCUCAGUGCAUGUCUCCGUCAUGGCUGGACUUGAAAAGGAUUUGGCUGUUUGAUAUCUAGGUCUCCGAUGACAUUAGUACAGCAUCCAGAGACUCCAUUGACCUCCUUUAUAACCAUGGUACACCAGUCACUAUAUCCACCAUGGAUGGAAGAACAUACAAAAUCAUCAUAAAUAUGCUGUAGGGAAGAAAGAGGGUCUAUCUCCCUCUCUUACCCCCUCCCUAUACACACCAAAGGGGUGGUAGCAGGACAUGCGUUUGUGCCUCUCGUCCCUCUCUCCAUACCUCUCCUAUAUUCCCUUACUCCAGAUGGAUAUGUGAAUACUGAAUAAUUCCAGAAAAUGUGUUUUAUUUGAUUCCCUUUUUGUCCUUUAAAACAUGUCAGUUUGUGGUA